CAAGAUUCAUCGUUAUUGUCCACUCCCUGCUGCAUAUGUCAGCGACAUAAUUAAUGUUCAUGGAGGUCCUGCUGAUGGGUCUAGAAUUUCUAUGCAGUAGUCUAGGCUAGAUACAGAUUCGCGUGGUUCGAUAUAGCUCGGAUGCCAAUGGUUGCUGCACGAUGAGGAGGUGUCUCCCAUAAAUGAAUGAGGCCAGUGGACAUCCAGACAUCUCUAUCAGCACCGGCAACCUCUCAAUACACCAGGAAGAGGAGAUAAAGGGAAGAAGAUUGUUUUUUUGUCUACGUUUAGUCCAACUCCCUGACAUGUGGUUUGAUGAUUUCCAUUCAAAUAUGCAACCCCCUCUCCUAGGGUGUGUUCUGUGAACAUUCUAUUCCUUUUGUCUUCAAAUUGGGCCAGUUAAAGGGGACAUAUUUGUUGGUGGUUUGUGUGGCUGGGGGACUGUUAUGCACCUAGUACCCCAUAGCCCCCCCCCACUUCAACCUCACCCCGUUAUUCAUGCUAGCCAUGAGUUUGCCACCCCAGCAGAAACCCAACAGUAAGAGAACAGGCAAGCGCAUCUCAUUUUUCAACGACCAAGGAGUGGCGAUGAAGGAGACGUCCUCUCAGCAGCAUCCAGAAGGUUCUUACUACGCCCUUGGUGCCCCAGCCUCAGGGCCUGGUCCUGGGCAGAGUGAGGCUGCAGGCACCGUCACCUCUACAACCUCCAACCCAGAGGCCGGCCAUACUGGUAUGUACCUCAACUCAGUGAUAUUCAGCCCAGAGAAAGGAGACCAGAGUCGGGGACAUUACCAACAGACUGUACCCAUGAAGUGGGUUCACCAGGACCCAGCAGCCCAACCGCAGCCUCCACAAAGAACUGGGACUGGGAACUGGACACAGGGUGUCACUAUGGCUAACUGGGGGCAGAACUUUGCGCCGUACCUAGGGGGUGUCGGUGACUCACGUUCCCAGGUCCAGAAUGCCUUUGUCAAGCAGCAGAUCCGUGAGGGGCCUUCACCCCUGCAACCACAGCAGCCCCAGCCCCCUAGUAGGGCUGCAGAGAAGCAGCCACCUCAGCAGCAGCAGGUGGUUAACCCUAACUCUCUCCCUGCUGGAGGAGAGGCCUACAGAGACAUUAGGGAUGUGGCCAAGGCUCAAAGUCUAGAGUGGGAGCAGCAGCAUCAUACUUCCCAACAGCAGUCCCAGUCUCAGGCGUUCCCACAGACCCUUAAACCUGGUGCUCUAAAUGCCCAGCAGCACAGCACAUCCAACCCUGGGGGCAGCUCCGUGCUUCAGCCCUUCCAGCUAGCCUUCGGCCAGCCCAAGCAGCACCUAACGGCUGGCUACUACCAGGUGUUUCAGGGGGGCAACAGGACUUUACCCAAUCUGAACUACACCCAACAACCCCCACAGCAUCCCCAACCCCCACAGCAUCCCCAACCCCCACAGCAUCCCCAACCCCCACAGCAUCCCCAACCCCCACAGCAUCCCCAACCCCAACAGCAUCCC